AUGGCGACGUUAUUUGACAUCCUCGGCGUCGUCUUCGGCAUUCUCGGAACUGUCAGCGCCAUCCCCAUCGUCUUACAGUGGCUCGAGAAGAGGCUUCCGCAGACGCUUCUCCGCCAGCUUGAAGCUGUCGUGAUUGAUAUCGAGUCUCUACUCUCCGACCUUGCGCAGCACGGCGUCGUCUUCAAGUGUCGCCGCGAGUAUCAGGAACGCAUCGACAAUAUCAAGAAGAAUACACGAAAAGCCACAUUACGGAGCUACCAGGCAAUAACAUACUUCGACCAGCUACGCGCGCUUUGCUCUGGGCUUUCGAAAGAGGUUGCCGCGUUGUACGAUGAAGCCGUCCUACUGCGCGCCUCGAUAUGCGAAGCCGCGAUCUCCACGCAGGACGCUUCCACGCCGCUCCAUCUACCUUUCACGGCGCCGCUCGGACCCGCUCUCCGCAAGCCAAUCUCGCACCAUCGCCACGCUCGCGACUCGCGCCGCGCCGAAUCGCGCGAGGGCAAACCGCGCUCCCGCGCGCAGUCGCUUCCCCCGGCGCUCCACAACACCCACCCCCGCAAUAAAACGCUCGACCAUUCAGAGGCGGAGGCUUCCGGUGUAGACGACGUGGACGUGGACGCCGAGCAAGGAGGGCUGCGCCGUCGCAGCCUAGGUCAGCGCAAAGUGCAAUUCGACAAAUACGGGCGGUACCGGAGUAGAUCGUGCAUUCCCCUCCUUUCCACGACUCCCUCGCUCAUAUCAACCGCUAGCUUCAAAAAUAUGACGCAGACUAUCCACCGCACGCCCCGCUUCUCACGAGAAAUGGCGACGCUCAUUUGCGGCCACCUUCGUAAAGACAGAGAUACUCAGACACUCGCGUCGCUGGCGCGUACGGCAAAGAUAUUCCUCGAGCCCGCCCUCGAUGCGCUUUGGAGCCGUAUCCCGGGAAUUACUCCGCUCCUACGACUCCUGCCCUCGGAUCUCUGGGAGAUCUAUCAGGUGGUCGUAUCUGACUCGGAAGAGAGGGGUCCGCUAUAUGUUCUGGGCCCGCUCCUCCCUAAUGUCACCUGGCUGGCGCACAGCGAGGUGACCUCGAGGCCGAACUUCGACGACUCCGUAUGGGCGACGGACAUCCUCGUUGGACCCAAGCUGAAGUACGCCACGCUCUCGGUACGCCCGACGCGCGUAGACCCUGCGCCUACUCUGCGCAUUUUCUCUGAGCUCUCCCGCGGGGCUCCCGAUAUACUCCGGAUCAGGAUCUCAGUGGCUACACGCAAGAUCAACGACGACAAGCCAUUGUGGCUCGGCGGGGAAAUCCGAGGACUCCGGCACCUCACAUCCUUCAAGGCUCCCGAUCUCGAGCUCCUGCCAGAAGCGGUCGAGCACCUCGCCUCGCUGCCGAGUCUGGCCAGUAUCAUAAUCAUGACAAAACCCGCGGGCCACAACACGACCAGAUUUUCAUAUACCGGCGGGCAUACCGACCGCUUCCCUUCGCUGGUCAACGUGGAGAUUCAUACCAACUGCUUCGUAUGGUGCGCGGCAUUUCUUAGGACGAUCUCCUCAACGGUCCUUCGAGAGCUCUCAAUCGAGAACCGAUCCCAUCCCUCGGAGGCUCCCGUACUUGAGGACCUGCUCGCAGCGGUAGGCCAGCUUUCCGGCGGCCCCGCCUUACGAAGCCUCAAGAUCUUCUCCGGUAACCAACUAGCCGGCCUGCCUCCAGGACCCACAAUUGUGAGCGCCGCAGCCAUGCUCCCGCUCGCCGCCCUCGCCGCCAUCACCUACGUGCAUAUCGAAGGCUGGUGCUCGGUGCUCCUCGAUGAUGCAACACUCGCCACCCUCGCCCGCGCAUGGCCCGCACUCAAGUACUUAAGGCUCUACUUCCCACCGCAGGCGGCGCUCGCGGAUUCUUUCCCUGUCUCGUGCCCUCUCGUGACAUUAAAAGGCCUCGCAGUUUUUGCGCGCGCAUGCCCAGUUUUGAGCCGCGUGUUCCUCCCCGUGGACGCGCGCGUCGUGCCCGAGUAUGAGCCGAUGCUGGGCGGACGACACCUGCAGCGGCCUGCAGAGGUCCCGGAGUGCACUCCAGCGCUGCGGUAUCUCGGCGUCGGGGGCUCGUCGCCGAUUCGAGAUGCUGUGCAAGUGGCGUCGUACCUCGCGCUCUUCUUUCCGGGGCUCAAAGAAGUGUAUCAAGAUGAUGGUCCGGGAUCAUUAUGGUGCCAAGCUAACAGGAUGCGUUGGAAGUUCGUGCGGGUGAGGGAGCAGGAGCGGAAGGCGCGGCAACGGCAAGCCGGUGCCUCCACAUGA